AUGAGCUAUCCGCGAAAAUUGCCAGAGGCCGUAGAUGCACUGAUAGGAUUUCGCGUAGAAUGCCACGACAAAAACUGUGACUUUGCCAGCCAGCACUCCAUAAACUUCGGCAGCAUUCGGCCUCGUUGUGGCAUAUCUGUCGUCGACUUCUGGCAUGCCGCCGAGGACCAUCUAUCUUGGAAGCAUAUUAGAACACCAUUCGUCUCAUUCUUUAGAUCAUGGGAGAGGGCUUUGAACUGGAGGAAACGCCUUAUUGAGAGAGGGGGCAAGGGAAUCAUGAUUGUUGCGGUUUGGUUGAAAGACUUGUCUGGAGUCUACGAUGCAUACAAUAUCGCACAGCGUCUUGCAGCCCGUCAAGGACCGAACUCAAACAGCCGCCUGCGACGGAACCUUGAUAAUUGUCGUGGAGAACUGCUCGUUCAAGGUGGCAUCAACUACAUGGAAUACAGAAUCCUGGCCUGCUUCAAGGGCGACAGCCUCGAGAUCGAAAGACGAUCCAUAUCGCCACUGCUCAAAUUCCCCGAGCACGAGCUUGUUGUAUCUAUUCCCAGAGGAACUCUGCCAAUAUACGGCAAUUCCAAUCUGAGCAUCACCCAUCAAUUGGAGUACGAAAUGCUGAGCCUCACGGGGGUUCGAAACGAUGCCAAGCUGUGCGCACUGGUACUCGCAAUGUGCGACUGCGAAAUGGAAAUGAAGGAGGAGAACAAGAAGAUGACGAUUAAGGUAACAGAUUACUGCGGACACUACAUGUCGAAAAGUGUAAUUGGCAGAUAUAACUACUCUUUCGACAUUUCCUAUUAG